ACUUGAAUAUGUUUGCGAGUUUCGCUCAGAUAUCGCCAUAAAUAUACUAGACUUCUACAAAUAAGUAUAACAUACAUGUACGAACGUAACUCAUAACGACUAUCAAACCAUUAUUUUUUUAAUAUCAUAUAUAAAACAUGUAUUACCAGCAACCCCAGUAUGCUGUGCAAUCAUUACAGCAGGUAGAGAGUAUUGCGCUAAGGAAUUACAUCGACGCGCGCUUACUAUCGUUAUUCCUUUUGAGGUGUAACUCUGUCAGUUGUGUUUGCUCAUCGGAUCAUGCUGCGAUGUCGGCUCCCGAAUUUCUAGACUUCUGUAAGCAUCUAGUUAGCCCGUACGGGAUAUAUAAUAUCACUUUAGAGCGAUCGACAGUGAUACACGCGCUGCACUACAUGUUUUCGCUGGUAGAGUCAAAUUCAGGCAUCAUCGAGAACAACGCAUGCGCAACGUGUAUAUUGGUGACCUGUCUUGUUAUAGCGACAAAGUUCGUACAAGAAAAUGGCCGAAGAAGCAAUCUAGAAUGGGCACGACUGGCGAAUAUGAAAAUGGGAGAGUUGAAUCAGCUAGAGCGACAAGUUCUUCAUUUGCUUGGGUUUGAUCUGUUACUACCACUGGCGAAAUACAACGAGCUUGAGACGCUUCUAAGUCAGGAUUUUGUAGUCUCCAGUUGGAUAGAAGGCCCUAUCAACAAGCCACACAACCGCUGUGAUGGAAGCUCGUUCUGUUGCGGUUCAAAUAUGAGCAACACGCUUUUAGCACCAAGGUCAGUGUGUACGACUCCGACGAUAUUGGUGGACACAGUGAUGCACACUUCGGAACAUCAGUUUCAAUAUACCACGCCCCCGUCAGCACCGGAUAAAAGAAAAAUAUCUACUGUAUUGGAGUAUAGCCAGAUUCUGCGGCAAUUACGUCUCUGCUGAACCAAAUAAAUUUAGAAUUGCUGUUUUAAAAGUUGAUGUCUACAUAACAUAGUAUUGACGGCUUAUGUAUUUUCAACAAUAAUAGUACGUGUCGGAUAUGGGUUAUGUCUCCGUAGAAAUUUACUUCAUUAACCUCGGCGCUUUUGUGCAGCAGAACAGGAACGAGGUUCGCAGGUUCAAUAUGAAGAACUUCUACGCUAAAACUACGUUGGAGAGAUAUUGCGAUUAGAAUCAAAAUCAGUUCUAUACAUGUUUGUACACGGAGAGCUAUUCCUUGUUUACCCUCGCAGGGUUGUGUUAUCUUUUGAAGUUAUAUGACAUUCCCAUACAUACACGGAGAUUUUUAAUUUUUUAGUACAGUCACUACAGGUUGUAUUUGUAUAGUUUGUACUGCACAAACUUUUUUUAGAGGGGAGUUUUUACAAAUAUCCAUAUGUAGAUUGUAGAGAC